AUGGAACGUACACAGUCUUCACCAGCGGCUGGGGAUGAAACUAAGAGGCAGUUGCCAGCACUGGAAAAUGUCUCUCAGCACACACUGAUUGCAGCAUUAAAGGCAAAUAUUAGGAUGAGUGAACAAGGACUGGGUCUCAUCAUCAUACAGAAUGGGCCAUAUCUCCAGAUAACAAGCCUUGUUGAGAAAAGCUCUGCAGCUAACGAUGGAAAGCUAAAACCAGGUGAUGUUCUAAUAAAAAUUGGACAUGCUAACGUUUUAGGAUGGACUCUGCGAGAGCUUGAGCAACUCCUGCGCAAUAUUCCUAUAGGAACUACUCUACAAAUCAGAGUUUACAGAGAUUUCGUUGAAGUACCUCAGCACUGGCAAAGUGCAGUUGAAUUAAUUCCUGAAGUAAAGCUUCCUGUGAUGACAGCAGAGUAAGAAAUAAGUAUUGAUGAAGACAACACUGGGUCCAGUAGCGAUGGUGAUGACAACUUGGAAACUUUUCAGUAUAAAUCUUCCCAGUCAUACUGUUGUGAGUUCACUCAUAAGUUACCAUCAAUAUCCAAAAUUUGGCAGAUAUCUGAUAUAGGCCAGACACUUAGAGUAGACACAGACAAUGGUUGUGAUGCUUUACUUCACAAUGAUGUUGAUGCAUUGUGCAAUCCUAAGUUUGAUGCUACUGGCAUUAGACCUCCUUCAUGCUGGGCUAUGGAAAACAAUGAGACCAGUUCCUCCUGCUCUUCUGUAUCAGAUACAUCCUAUCUGGAAGAAUUUGCCUUUGUUUCAGAAUAG